AUGGAAGCUCAACUCAAAGCUUUCGAAUUCUUAAGUCCUUUUCAAGAUAACCAUAUAGAAAAUGUAAGAAAGUCUAAGAUUUUAGAAGGUGUGUUAGCAUUUGUGGAUGUAAAAUUGGAGAAAACGUCAGUUCUGCAUCAAAUGUUAAGUGAUUUAGGGGCCAGUGUCAAUUUACGAUUUUCAAAAAAUAUUACUCAUUUAAUAUUCUGGAAUGGUCGGCAAGAAACGUUAGACAAAGCGCAUCGUUUGGGAACAAAAAUUUUAUUAAUUUCGCCUCACUGGGUGUUAUGUUUCAUGAAUCAAAUUCGAGUUGAUGAAGCUCCUUUUCUGUUGUAUGGUGUAAAGGAUCUUGCUGUUCCGAUGAGAUUAAUGGCUAUGGGACGAAUGGGAACAAUUAAUUUGGUAUUUGAUGAUCAGAGUAAACCUGUCAUUCGUAAUAAUUGUCAUGGCAGAGCUUUAAAUUCAUUUGGCAGUUCAGCAAACCACUCACAGAUAGUACAUGCGAUCGAAACGCUCUCUGACCAGCUUGCUUCCAAACUUAGUAAGUUAUGUAGAUUAUAG